AUGGGUUUCCAUGGCCAAGCAGCCGCACACAAGUCUAAGAUCACCAUGCGCGAUGCCAAGCGUCGGCUGGAGAGGUGUACAGAUCACCGCCAUUGGGCUCUGGAGCAGUGGAAACACGUUGAUGAGGUCCUGGCUGUGUCUGAGAAGGUGGUGGUGAAGUUACAGGACCUGGUCAGAUGGACUGUAUGGGACUCUUCAGGCUGGAGCAGGGGCCUGAAGGCUGCACCUCUAAAGCCCAGUGAGAUGCUCCAAGAGCUGGAGAAGAAUGGACAGAGAGACACCCCCGUCCUCCACCGGUACAGAGAGUCAACACUCAACAGAGGCCUCAACUUCAAAGACCUUUUAAAGGACAAGACUCAACUAGGUGAUGACGGGGACCAGAAGCGUGUGUCGGUGCUGUCUUACCCCCAGUAUUGUCGCUACCGUUCCCUAUUGGCCCGGCUGAAAGAAAGACCCGCCUCCCUCCUCACCUCACAGGUGGUUCUGGCCCUGGGGGGCGUGACCUCACUCACAGACCACACCCACAUCCUGUACUGCAGGGACACCUUUGAACACCCCACCCUCAUCGACAACGACAAUGUCUGUGAUGAGUUCGCUCCCAACCUGAAGGGCCGGCCUCGGAAAAAGAAGCUGUCCGUCUCGCAACGCUGCGACUCCCAGAAUACACCAGCAGGCAAGGAGACGUGCAACACAGAGGGCAAGGCCCCUGCCAAGGUGAAGCCUGAGUUCAAGGCAGUGCUGUCCAGGUGGCCUAAAGGAAUCAGUAGAGGCAGCAGCUGCUGUAAGAGGGUCUCCCCUAAAGGAGGAGGAGGUGAGGAGUGUCCUCCUGAUGGACAGGCCUUCCUAGUAGCUCUGUAUAAAUACAUGAAGGAGAGGAGGACGCCCAUAGAGCGGAUCCCCUACCUGGGCUUCAAACAGAUAAACCUUUGGAGCAUGUUUCAAGCAGCAGAGACCCUUGGAGGAUAUGAGCUGAUCACAUCGCGCCGACAGUGGAAACAUGUUUAUGACGAGUUAGGAGGAAACCCAGGAAGCACCAGCGCUGCAACCUGCACCAGACGACACUAUGAAAGGCUUAUCCUGCCCUAUGAGAGGUUCACUAAAGGAGAGGAAGAUAAGCCCCUCCCCCUAUCCAAACCCCGUAAAGACCUCACCACCCAGCAGGAGGUCCCCAAGACCAAGGUUCCCACGGUGACGCGGUGCCCCAAAGAGGAGCAACACCCACAAAACCCCCAACCCCCCAGGACUGAACAGGACCCCUGUGCUAAAGGCCUGGAACUCUCACCAGAGUGUGAGGAGAAGGAAAGUAGUCCGGAGGAGGAGGGAGUCAAGGUGAAGCAGGAGGUGCCCCUGCCGGCUGGUGAGGUGAGCAGGAGCACCAGUGAAGAGGAGGAGGAGGAGCCAGUAGCGGUCUGCAUCAAGGAGAGGGUUCUACACCAAGGAGUUUCCUGGGAGAACAACGAGAAGCCACCUUCAGACACCACUACACUCCACUUCUUCCCUGUAGACACUCCCACUCCAAUAAACCACUCCCACCCUCAGGACCAAUGGCAAAAGGAGCUGCCUGACUAUGCCAACCCAUGUCCCCAGGCCAGGCUGGACCAGUCUGGGUUGACUGAGGAGCCCCAGGGCCCUAACCCUGGCAUGGUGGGCAUAGUGGAGGUGGUGCUCCCCAUUCGGCAGAGGUCCCUACAGUCCCCCAGGGCUCCAGAGGACACCACCGACAGAGCACAGCUCCCUGGACAGGACCACUCCUGUUACAGAUACUCUACUAUACUCUACCCAGGCAGAGCCCAUCCUGGACCUGGCAUCAACCAUCCAGGCACCAACCCUGGCAUCAACCAUCCAGGCACCAACCAUCCAGGCACCAACCCUGGCAUCAACCAUCCAGGCACCAACCCUGGCACCAACCAUCCAGGCACCAACCCUGGCAUCAACCAUCCAGGCACCAACCAUCCAGGCACCAACCAUCCAGGCACCAACUCUGGCACCAACCAUCCAGGCACCAACCCUGGCACCAACCAUCCAGGCACCAACUAUGGCACCAACCAUCCAGGCACCAACCCUGGCACCAACCAUCCAGGCACCAACCAUCCAGGCACCAACCAUCCUGGCACCAACCAUCCAGGCACCAACCAUCCAGGCACCAACCAUCCAGGCACCAACCAUCCUGGCACCAACCCUGGCACCAACUCUGGCACCAUGUCUGAUCUAGCCAAGAAGAAGCUGCUCUCUCAGGUCAAUGGAACCACCCCUGGGCCAUCUCUGCCCAAUCACUACGCCAUUGGCCCGCCCCCACCCCUCAUCAACACAAGCCUGGCUAUUUGCAACGCAGAGGAGUCGGCCAGUCAGCCAAUAGCAGGCUGUCAGGGUUCCUGCAGCACAGGCACAGCUGUGGUCAAACGUCCGUCUGUCAUCCAGCAUGCCCAGAGCUUCAAGCCCCUGUUCUGCGAGACAGGGGACAGGAGGGAGGGGGAGGGCCGGAACAGGAACAUGUAUAAACCAGGGGAACCCUGCUCUCCCUGUGACCUGACCCAGCACCACCCUAACUCUCCCUAUGACCUGACCCAGCCCCACCCUAACUCUCCCUAUGGCCUGACCCAGCCCCAUCCCCAGCCCCACCCUAACUCUCCCUGUGACCUGACCCAGCACCAUCCCCUAUCCCAUCUACCCCCCAAGACUAUACACCAUCCCCAGCCCCACCCUAACUCUCCCUGUGACCUGACCCAGCACCAUCCUAACUCUCCCUGUGACCUGACCCAGCACCAUCCUAACUCUCCCUGUGACCUGACCCAGCCCCACCCUAACUCUACCUAUGACCUGACCCAGCCCAACCCUAACUCUCCCUGUGACCUGACCCAGCACCACCCUAACUCUCCCUGUGACCUGACCCAGCCCCACCCUAACUCUCCCUGUGACCUGACCCAGCCCCACCCUAACUCUCCCUAUGACCUGACCCAGCCCCACCCUAACUCUACCUAUGACCUUACACAGCCCCACCCUAACUCUACCUAUGACCUGACCCAGCACCACCCUAACUCUACCUAUGACCUGACCCAGCCCCACCCUAACUCUACCUAUGACCUGACCCAGCACCACCCUAACUCUACCUAUGACCUGACCCAGCCCCACCCUAACUCUCCCUAUGACCUUUACCUACGGAGUAUUGAGACGCCCCAACCUGGCCACAUUACCAGAUUCCUGCCUGACUUCUCUCCCCCCCUCCACUCCCAGAACCUCCACAGUUUGUACAACCAUACAGAGACACACGUCAGCCAGUUCAUCAGCAGCAGGGAGAGGGUGACCGCCUUACCCAGGGACUGUGAGGCAGCGCCUGGCCCGGGAGGGCCGCAGUUCCCCUCCUCUAAACACCCUGACACAAUGGGUCUGGGGGGCUACUGUGCCCGUAUAAACCUCCUGACCCCCAACCUGACCCCUCACACACUAAGAGACAUGACGUCUCUCGUACAGACAAGCUCAGAAGACCAACCCACAGACUUAAGUCUUCCCAAGUCCUCUCCUCACAAACCUACCCCCUCCACUGCCACCCCUCCCUUCACAACAACCCCCACCCCUCAUGCCCCUCCAGGAUAUGGGAGGUUCUGUAGAGUCCCCCCCAUGACCAUGUCCUCCAGCCCCAGACAUCCUGCAGACCCCCAGCCUAACCACAGGGGGAAGACCCUGAAUGGCCAGAGUGGAGGAUGGGAGGACCAGGGGCUGGGACACAAGAUGGAGGAGCUAAACAGACCCAUCCUAGGCACCAAGAAUACGUCCAGACCCCAGAACAACGUGUGCACGGCACGCCCACUGAAGAGGAGUCUGGAGGAGCGGGAGAACGGGGCCCCAGAGAGGAAGAUCAGAGCUGUCACUCCCAUGCACUCCUCCUCUUCCUCCUCAUCCUGUACAACCAGGGACAGAGACAGGGAGGGCCACUCGGAGUGGAAGGUCAGGACCCCAGCGCUGGAGGGGUGGUACCAGCCGACCCCAGCCAGCCCCGAGGCCUUCAUUUCUCAGAUCCAGGAUAUGUGUGAGGGCCUGGGCCCCCACAGGCCCCUGGGGUACCACCCCCUACAGUACCUGAAGAACCAGGCCGGCCUCUCUCCUCUGGUCCCGCCCUUCGCUUUCCACUCCUUCAUGAUGCAAAGACAGGCUCACAGCCCCGCCCACAUGUACCGGCACCCUAUGGGAGCCUCGUAUGGGGAACUGUUGCAUCAUGGUCUACACCCCAUGUCUUCCAUGUCUGCCCUCAACACACAGCAACACCCAGACAUCAGCCCCUCACAGCUCUCCUCUGUCAAACCAAACACCAAACUAUCAUAA